AUGAACACUAACAUAUUUGAAAGUGGAAGUAGCGGAAGGUCAAGAUUUGUUUCAAUUAACUUAAAUCAAGAUAAUUUAGUACAUCUUUGUCCAUUCUUAUCUGAUAAUAAUGAAAAAAUUCUGUUCUCAUUGACGUGCAAUUAUCUUUCUUUGGGCCAAUUUGAAUUAGCAAGAUCAACCAUUUUUCAGCUAAGUUUAAUCAACUUUAGAAAAGUCUCUGAAUUACUUUACUCCAUAAUAUAUUAUGGCCCUCCCCCAGAUUGGCAGCUUUCUGUCACAAUUCCUACUUCAGCACAUUUUGUGCUUGCAUGCAUUAAAGAAUAUGAAUUAUUUUUUAGAAAUCGUGCUAAUAUUGAAGAUUACAUUAUUAGUAGAACCGAGUUUGAUUUAUUAAUUGGUCAAAUGAUAAUAGAUAGUUUUGAUAUUAACAUAAACCUUGACAUAAUUAAAAAGUUAAGAUAUUUUUAUUGUUUUGCUUUUUUAAUUAAUGGACUUGAAGUUAAAGUUCCAGAAUUGAGAAUUUUGCCAAAAAUGGUUGGAUUACCACCUUAUCUAAAUAGAUUUCCUUCAUUUUCAACAAAUUUGAACAAAUUAUUUGAAAAUCUAUCAGUUGAUAAAACGAAAAAAGAGGAAGCGUAUUUUUCUGUAAAAAUAAUCAGUGAAAUGUUUGAAUGUUUUGAAACGUCUCGAAGUCAUUUUAUUCAAAUUGCAAAGUUAUUAACGGAUUGCUUAAAUAUAUCAAAAUUUGAAAUUGGUUCAUUAAAAAGUAAUUCAUCACUUAAAAAUACGUUAUCUGCUAUUAAUACUAGCUUAAAUUGGAUCUUAUUAAAAAAUUGUAUUUUGGAUCUAAUUUUUUUUAAGGAGAAUCACAGAACAAUAUCCACAAUUUCACUUGUAAAAAUGAUUUCAAAAAGUAUCUCAAUACUUAGAUUAGAAAAUAUUUUUGAGAAUCAUGAUUUAGAUUCUAAAAACUUUCUAUAUAAAGAAAAUAUUCCAUUUAAUACUCACUUUACAGAACCUAAAGAACCGGAAGACGUAAUUUCAAUAAUAGUUGCAAUAUUUUGCAUAAUAAAUUUGUUUUGUAAAUACGAUUUAAGAAAGGAAAUUUUUGUUAAAUUUUUAAUUGAUCAGAUUAAAUCACUAAAGGCUUGUGAAGAAAUAUGUAAUAUAUGUGCAAUUGAAUCUAAAGUUUUAUUGAAUGUUAAAAAUUUGUUUUCGGAAGAUAUUGUUAAAAAAUUAAAUAAUUUUCAAAUUAUUCAUCAAUACUUGAAUAAUUUAAAUACAAUAAACUUAGUUGAAAAUGGCGAAUAUAAUGAUAAUAUUGGGAUGCUUGUAGAUUCAAAUUUGGACCAAAGUUUAAUUUCAAAAAUAGUGCUAAAAUUUGACAAUUUUUUGUUUAAUAUCAAUUUUGGAAUAAAUAAUUAUUUAGGAAUUUUUUCGUUACCAAAAUACAUUGAGAAUAAAAAUAAAGUAAUUUUGUAUCCCAUUGUUAUCGACGAUUUUUCAAUUCAUUACAAAUUCGAUGAAAAUCCAAUUUUUUGGUGUGAAUACUUAAGAUAUUUAAAUUUAUCAAGGAAUAAAUUUGAGGAGCUACCUAUUAUUUUUGUAUCAAAUUUGUUGAACAAAAUAAAUCAAAACAAAAGUGAUAAUUAUUUUGAGGCUGCAAAUAAAAUUAUUCUUUGUUUUCCUCAUUUAAGAGCAAUUUGUGUUUUUCUUGGAUUAAAAAAUGAUCCUGUAUUUAAUUGGAAGCUAAUAAAGAACCUAUGGUUACCAUUUAGAUCAAUUAAAAAUGAAAAAGUAUUCACUGAGAGCGAAAUUUUGGCAAAUAAUCUAGAUGAAAUAUCAAGAAAACAUGCAAUAUCUAUAUUUAUUUCUGAAAAACUAAAUUCAAAUUAUUCUAAUGAAUUCAGAUGCUAUUCAGAUAAAAAUACUAAAACAAUUUUUGAAGAAAUAAUUUUAAAAAAAUCAAUUAUCAGCUAUUAUUUUGACAAUUUCAGGCAUUCUAAAAAUUAUACAACAAUAUGUUGGACAUCACUAGAAAAAUUUAUUACAAGUUUAAUUUCUCUUCCAUUAACAAUUGGUAACGAUAUAUUGUUAUUAACAAAAGAAAGAGACUGUAUAAAAUCUUAUUUACUACAAAAAGAAGUUUUUAAGAUUAUUGAUGGGAAAGAAAAUUCAAGUUUUGGAUUAAAUUUACAAAAUAUAUCUAUUGAGAUUGGAAAUAUUCAAACUAAUUACUUUCACAACGAAUUAAUAUAUUGUUUUUUUUGCCAAAGCUUUAUUUAUUUAAGGAAAAUUAAAAUAAGCAAUUCGUUAAUUCAAUCUUCAAACAAAAGAUUUUUUUUCAUCACUCAAUUGUUAUACUACUUAUUGAUUUGGAGUAAUCGAUUGUCCAAGAAUUUUCAAAUUGAAAUGUUGCAAGUUAUUGAGAAAACUUUUGAAAAAACUAUUUUGAUGAUUGAGUUGAUUUUAUUUUCAUUUCCAUUUAAAAUUCCAAACGUAUUGCCAAAAAAUUUUGAAAUAUUUACGUGGUGGUAUCGCUUUAUUUUAUCAAUCCCAUCAAAAGUAUUUAAUACUGGGAAAACACUGAUAAGUUAUAGUCAAAGUUCUGAAUAUUUUCAUAGCUUGUUUCAUAAUAGAUGGGUUCUUCGUGAAACUUAUGAAAACAAUCCAUGGUAUUCAAAUUCAUUAAGUUUCGAAUCAUUUUGUGUCUUAAAUAAUUACAACGAUUCGACCAGUGAAAGUUAUUCAGAUAUUUUACUUUCUUCUCCCAUUCUUAUGCUCAAGCUCUUGUCUAUUCAGAACUAUGAAAAAUCCAAUGAAUUAAUAUUAAAUUCUAAUUUUUCUAUUAACGUUACACUAAUAGCUUUGGAUGGUUUUGUUUUUCAUGCCCUUUUUGUUGAAGAAAAUGAUAAUAAUUAUUACAGCAUUAACACUGUUUAUAGAAUAGUUAAAAAUAUUAAUGAAGGUUUUCCAAAUAUUGAUAUAUUAAGUUUUAACCAGUUAUCUUUAUUUUCAGUCUUGGAAACAUUUUUUCCAUUUAUUGAAAUCAAAUUGAUUGAUUGUGAAAAUGAAAUAGCAUGGUUGUUACAGGUUUUUUCCAAAUUGUAUUUUGCAUUUUUACUCAUAGAUUUCUCUAUUUCUUUUGGAAAUAAAAAUGUUAAUAUAUCAUUGGAACAAAUAGGAAAGGCCAAAAAUAUUAUAGAGGAAAACACAAGUAAUUUAGAUAUUAAGUACAAUACAGUAGUUCAAACAACUUUGAGCAGGCUUCUUAUUUUUUAUCAUUCUUCUAGUACAAUUUCUCUAACAAGAUAUAUAAUGGAAAUAGAUACAUUACCACAACAAACUUCACUGAUAAAAACUCAUUUAAACAGAAUACAUGAUAGAAAAUUGAUUACUACAGCUUUAACUCAUUCAUUAAACUACUUAUCUGGUUUUUCCUUAAAUAAAUCAAAAAGUGAAAAUUUAAUAAAUAUUAAUCAAAUUUUAGAGCAAAACUUAUUUUCAAAUGUUAAUAACACAGGCUACUUGUUCUCAGUACUUCAUUAUAUAAAAUCUAUUAUAUCGGUAUUAUUUUUAAAUUUUGAUAAGCAUAAGGCAUUCCCAAUAUUAGCUUUGACUCCAAAUGAAAUAAUCUCAUACUCAUUUUUUGAAAGAAAAUUAAACGUUGGUAGUAAUGAACUUUCUCAAAUAAUGAGAGCAGAUUUAAUCUCUGUUGUGAUUAAAACUCUUAACUGCCUUUAUAGUUCAAUAUUAAUUUUUAAAAACACUGAAAUAAAUUCUUACAACGAAAUGGAGUUUUUAAUCAAUCAGUUCUAUCCAUUUAAAGGGACAUUUACAAUUGUAAUUCACAAUAUUUUGCCAAGUGGAAAUGCAGAAUAUAGUUAUUCAACAUGGAAUUUCGUUUUAGAAAACCAAAUAAAUCACAUUCUCACAAAAAAACAAAUAUUAUUAACUUCAUUGAAGUACCGUAUCUGGAAAUACAAUAUAAAUAGAAAACUUGAAUAUAAAUUAUCAAAUAUGAAUAUAGAUAAAAUAUCUGGGUUUUAUUUUUCAAAAUCUUUGGAAUAUUUUAAUUAUUUAUUUAAGUGGUUAUCAAUUAUCGAUACUUUUUUUUUUCUAAAUGAUGAUAAUUUAUAUAUUAUAAAGAAUUUUGAAAAAAAAAUUGGCUUAAUUAAUUAUUUAUUUUCAAUUUCUUUUGUUAAUCGUGUUAAUACUGUGGAUAAAAUCGUGUUUAAAUUAUCCAGGAAAAUAUUGAAAAAUAAGAAUAUAAUUCAUAACCUGAAUUUGAUUAAUUUUAAAAAAAUAAUAAAAUUAAACAGUCCUUAUAAUAUUUAUAAGUUGAUAACUGAAAUUCAGCCAAUAUCUGAUCCAAAUUUUGUUUUAUCAAUUGUUGAAAUUGCUUACAAAAAUACCAUGAAAUAUAGUUAUUCUUGGUUUAAAAACUCAAAAACAAAUAAGAAAAGAAAAUUUAUUGAAGAAAAUAUUGUUAUUAUUUUAAUUAUACAAAGACUUUUCUGCAUUUCAUAUAUUAAGCGUUUUAAGAAUAACACAAGUUUGUGGAAUAAAUGGUGCAUUUUAAUUAAGGAAUGGAAAUCUACAAAAGGGAUUGUAUUAUUAUUGAACUGUUUAUUAGAAGCAAAGUUUUUCAAUAUCGCAAAACUGGUAUCACAAAAGUUGCUAUUAAAAGUUAUAGAAUAUGAUAGAGAUAUAAAAUAUUCGGAAAAAGAAUCUAUAACAAAUAUUUUUUCUGGGUAUAAAUUUUUUGAGGAGGUAAAAAGGAAUACUCAUUACAAUAAUUUUUCUUUGGUUUCAAACAUAAAUAAUAUUAUAGCAAAUAUGCAAGAUGAUUACAAUUUUCAAGAACUUAAUAUUAGCAAAUUAUAUAAGUUAAUUAUUUCAAAAAAUAUUAGUAGCUUUGAAAAUAUUAGAAGACUUUUAAUUAGUAAUACUGGUAUAAUCGAAAAAUAUAAAAUUUUGGAUGCUUAUAUUAAUUCACCAAGUUCAUUAUUAGAUAUGAAUAGAGUCAGCGUAUUGAAAACUAUAUUAACUUCCCUAAAGUUGGUAAGAGAUCUUGGAAUAAAAAAUAUUCAAGUAUCAAACUUAUUUUCACCAUAUUUAAUUAUUAGACUGGCAAUAAUGACAAGGAACAAUAAACUGAUUGAAAUACUGAAAAGAGACAUUGAUAUUUUUUUAAAAUCUGACGUUUUGUUAUAUUUAAUUGAAGAAUCAUUUGGAAUUGUUGAAAAUAAGCAGUUCAUAAUAGAAAAAAUUAAAACUUCUUUUAUUUUUGGACAAGCUGACAUAAAUAUGUGUUUACAAUUAUUUCAAACAAUCGAAAAUCAGAUUGAACUAAAUUUAAAUGUAGAAGAGACUCAAUCAUAUAACAUUGAUGUAUAUUUUUCUAUAAAACUAAUUUCCAUUAUACCAAAAAAAAAAACCAUUAAUGAUCUUUUAUUGAAUAUUUUUGACAAAAUGUCAAAUCAGCUUUACAAAAUAUUUAAAAAAUCUAUGCCAGAUCAAUCAUUAAUCCGUCCAAGGUUUGAGUGCAGUAAUUCACAACUUUGGGUUACUGAGGAAGGUUCAUUAAAAACGAUUUCAGAGAAUCUUCAUCCUUUUUCUAAAUUUUCUAGUGCAAGAAAGAAUUCAUAUUAUACCAAGAAUCGAUAUAUGAAUGUAUAUAAAUGUGGAUCAAAUUUAGGGGAAAAGAGAGGAUUGAGCGUAAAGAAUGAAUUAAAUAUGGAAAAUAUUUCUAAGUCGAGAGUUUUAUUUAGAAAUCUAUUUGUUUUAUUAACUUGGGCAAGCGAUUAUAUUGGGAAAAAUGAAUUUAAUGUAGCGAUUAGAAGCCUAUCAUAUUUACUUGAAAUUUGGCAAAGAAUUCCUGGAAUAGUUUUUUCAUUAAAAGACAUAGUAUUUCUGAAUAAGAAUAUAAUUCAAAUUUUAAUUUUUUCUGAUCAAUUAAACUUAUUAAAAGAUUUGAGUAAAAAUAACUUUUUAGAAUCAACUACAAAAAUAAAAAAUUUGGAAUCUGGAAAUUCAAUUGUUCAUAAUAUAGUUGCAGAUUCAAUUAUAAUUAAUAAAAUAAACCAGCUUUAUAACGGAAAAAAGAAUCAUAUGGAUUCCAUAACUCUAAAUACAUCUAGAUCAAGAAAUGAAAUUAUAAUGGAAAUAUUUUGCAGUAAAUGGAAUGUAAAUAAAGGGAAAAUAGUUAAAAUUGAGAACCCGAUGAAUGAUUCAAUGAGAAUAAUUGAAAAUAUUAUGCUUUCAAAACCCGAUAUAUUGAAUUUGAAUAUUUUGAUAAUAGUAUUAACAUAUCAUUCUUGGAAAAAGCUUCAAAUUUGUACUGGAGGUCGAGAAAAUUAUAUAUUACGUUUUCCAUUAUCAUUAUUAUUCAAUUCCGAUAUUUUUAGUCCAAUUUUACUUGAAUUAUACGAACGGACAUUUAUUUCUAGUAUUAAAAUUAGAAGGAACGCAAUAAACGGUCUGCCAGACUUCGUUUUUAAUUUGAAUAAUUUAUCAGUCGGAAUUGAAAAUAAUUCUGAUUUCUUUACAAAUUCGAAUGAUAACUUAAGCUCAUCAUAUACUACGUUUUUUUUGGAGAGAAUAACAAAUUCUAUUAAAAAUAAUAUAUUCACAAGAGAUACACAAAAAUCUAGGAUUAUUAAAUGCAUCCAAGUAAAAAAACCAAACAUUACGCUAAUUUAUUACAACCAAAAGAGUAAUAAUAAAAAGAAAUUUUUUCAAUUUGAUCUCAUCAACCACUUAUUGACACAAAACAUUCCGAAUCACUAUUUAACAAUAAAUACUUUUGUGAAAUUAAAUUUUUGGUGGGAAGCAAUGGUUUACAUUUUAAGAUGGAGCUUUGAACUUGGAGCUUCUAAAUCUAGAUCUUUAUUAACAGAAAAAAAGGGUGAAUUGCAAACAAAUAGUGAACAAAAUUUCGAAGGAUUAUUUUUUGAUUUAGUUAUAAAAAAUGCCCAUUAUAAAAACCAAUUAAAUUGUCUAAUUAGCGCAAUGAAUGAGGCAGUACCAUUGGGAGGCCCAAGGGCUUCUAUAUUUGUAAAAAAGUGCAAGCAUAUAAUACAGAAGUACUUAGAAUCUAAUGGAGCGUUGGAAAUGUUAUAUAUGUCUUUUCUAUCAUUAUCAGUUUCUAUCGAAAUUCCUCAUGCAAUUAUAGGAGCAAUUGCAAUUCACCUUUCAUUGUUAAACCAUUUAAAUAUUGACUCGAGGACUGGAUACUUAGAGUCAGCCUUGUACCAUUUUAAAAAUGCAGAAUUAAUAUUGAAAAAAAAGGUAAAGUCUGGAGUAAAUAAAAAGAAUAACAAACAGGGAUUCCCCACAAUAAAUUAUCACAAUUCUGAAAAAACAUUAGAAAACCCCUCUACAUCUCAAAGUUUAACAAAUUCUGGAAAAUUAAACGAUAUACUUAUUCCAUUUAUUGCUGAUAUACCUAUUUAUAAGAUUAAUACAACUCCUUGGGGGGGUCUUUCAUUAUUAUCAAUAGAAAAAAUAAUCAAAUUACUUGAACUGCAGAAUUCGAUUAUUAAACUCUUAUUAAGAGAAAAUGCACGCAAAUCGAUUUUAAGUCCAAAUUAUAAAGAUAGGAGAGAUACAAUAGUAAUUCUCUUUCUAAUUCGUGAAUAUUCACUUGCAUUCAAGGUAUCGAGUGCACUGGAAGUACCACUAAUGGAAGUUUUGGUGCAUGCAACUAAAGAACUGAUUGUUUCUUAUCCAGAAAGCAAAUCGCUUUCAUAUUUUCUAGAUUCUAUGAAACUUUGGCUUUCAGAAUAUGACUCGGACGCACUAAUUUCAAAUGCGAUAAAUAUGUGGAUCUCAGAAAAAAAAAUAAAUCUCAAUAAUAUUUCUGUACUAGAGAAAAAUAGUGUAAGUGAACUCGUUAAUAAACUUUCGAACCCUCUGGGUAGAAGCGAAGCAUUUAAUAUGAUAAAUCCUUUAAAUAAAGUUAGAAUAGGUUAA